AUGGCCCCUAAACCUGAUAUAUUAUUUAUCGACUCGAUCGUUCAGAAGAUAGACUUUGCCCGUCGAAAAGCGCUUGCCGAGAAAUUCAAUAUUAUACAAUAUGACUGCGAGUCCACCGAGGAGUUCAAAGAGCGCUUGAAGCCCGGGGGACCUUACUCAAACAUCGUUGCUAUUUCACGAAAUGGCUGGCUCAAAGCUGGACCGCUCGCGAAGCAACUCCCCUUUGGAACAGAUGUCAUUCCAUACUAUCCGCCCAGUCUCAGAAUCAUAUGCUGCAACGGCCAUGGGCAUGAUGCCUCUGAUGUGGAGGCAAUAACUGCUAGGGGUAUCUGGUACUGCAACACACCAAACGCAUGCACGGAAGCCGUGGCGAAUACCGGGCUGUUCCUUGUACUUGAUUCAUUCCGAUAUCUUUCUUUUGCUCAGUGGUGCGCUCGAAAUGACUGGCUGCAGAGUCAGGACCUGGGUCAAAAGGCGGUUGAUACUGGGAAAACUCUGGGUAUUGUCGGGCUUGGGGAUAUUGGACUGGGCAUUGCUCAGAAGUGCGAAGCCGCAUUUCAAAUGAAAAUACGUUACCAAGGGCCUCGACAGAAGCCACAGGCUGAAGAAACAUUGAAGGGGGGAGCAAUCUACCAUUCAACAGUGGAUGAGAUGAUUACCCAUGUCGACUGCAUCGUCCUCGCGGCCCCCUAUACAAGUGAUACGCAUCAUCUUCUGUCUAAGAGGCAGUUUGAACUCGCCAAAAAAGAUGGGAUAAGGGUUGUGAACGUGGCACGAGGCAAGAUGAUCGACGACGAUGCACUACUCGAGGCCUUGGAGACUGGGCGUGUUGUUGGGGCUGGAUUGGAUGUGCAUACAAAUGAACCAGGUAUCAAUCCCAAAGUGAGGGAUAACUGGCGGGUUACGGUUUUGCCACACAUUGGAGUGUGCUCAGCGACAAGCUGGGAGAAUUUCGAGAAGAUCAAUCUGGACAACAUUGAGGCUUUUUUUACGACCGGCGAGCCAAUAACGCCAGUGAACUAUAUCAAGUAUUAG